CCUGCCUGGCAAACCCCUCUUGCCUCCUGCUCCCCACAGACAGCCGACCGCCAGUACAUGGAGGGUUUCAACGAUGAGCUGGAGGCCUUCAAGGAGCGCGUGCGGGGCCGCGCCAAGCUGCGCAUCGAGAAGGCCAUGAAGGAGUACGAGGAGGAGGAACGCAAGAAGCGGCUUGGCCCUGGUGGCCUGGACCCCGUGGAAGUCUACGAGUCUCUCCCUGAGGAACUCCAGAAAUGCUUCGACGUGAAGGACGUGCAGAUGCUCCAAGACGCCAUUAGCAAGAUGGACCCCAGUGUAAGUAACUGCAUCCCCGGCCCACCCGCUAGCCAGGCUGAGGGGCAGGCCAGCAGUGUGUCCCUCAGCUCCCCCGCCCCCAGCUCUCCAUGUUGCUGAUAGAAGGGUCUCCUG